AACCUUCGUUCCGCGGCCGGCGUUUCCGGGCGGCGCGGCGGCGCGCGCGGGGCGGUCGCCAUGGCAGCGGGCCCGUGGUGCUGGGGGACGCCGGCGGCGCUCGCGGCGCUGCUGCUGCUGCUGCUGCUGCUCGGGGGCGCGCGCCGCCUGCGCCGGGAACGCGCGGGGCGGCGCGGGGGCGCGCGGGGCGGGCGCGCGCUGCUGGUGACGGCGCACCCCGAUGACGAGGCCAUGUUCUUCGCCCCCGCCCUGCUCGGCCUGCGCAGCGCCGGGGCCGCCCCCGCCGUGCUCUGCUGCUCCGCAGGAAAUUAUUACAAUCAAGGAGAGAUUCGUAGGAAAGAGCUGGAACAGAGUUGUUGUGUCCUGGGCAUUCCUGCUUCUGAUGUCACAGUCAUUGAUCACAGGGAUCUUCCGGAUGACCCUGCUGUGGAGUGGGACACGCAGCUCCUCGCCACCCUUGUCCUGAAGCACAUAGAGGCCAAGAACAUCAGCCUGGUGCUGACGUUUGAUGCGGGAGGAGUGAGUGGCCACGCCAACCACAUCUCUCUCUACUCUGCUGUCAGGUACCUGCAUUCAGAGGGGAAGUUACCUGCAGGGUGCCGUGUGCUGGUGCUGGAAUCAGUAAAUCUCUGCAGGAAAUACAUUUCCUUCCUGGAUGUCCUCAUUUCCUGCCUCCUGCCCAGGGAUGCUCUCUUCAUCCUCACAGAGGAGGAGACUGAGCAAGCCAAGAGAGCCAUGCGGUGCCACCACAGCCAACUCCUCUGGUUCCGCCAGCUCUACCUGCUCUUCUCCCGGUACCUGGUGGUCAAUUCACUGCGCCUGCUCUGACAGCACACCAGUCACAGGACUAAAAGAAUGAGCAAAAAAAUGACUGUGCCAGGCCCAGGACUCAAGAAAGCUCCUGUGUUAGGUGCCCAACAGGAUGGGGUGCUCUUUGUGUGGCAUUCUCCACACUACAAAACCCAGGCGGGGUGAACCGCCUUCUGAAUAUCUUGUUGCCUGAUACAUUGAGAACAGAGAUAACAGCUACUCUAUUUUAUCAUCAUAAAAGCUUAAAUAAGAUGAGAAAUUUGGAUUAAGUGGGAGUCAAGCCCUGGAGGAUUCUGCAUUGGAGAAGGUAUGGCACAAACUGUUUCCCCAAGAGGACAGAGCUGCAAGGACUGCUUGGCAACUCUCCCUUGGUGCUUUUGUAAAAUCCAGGUAUCAGGAGGAACUUUUCAAAGAUCAUGCUAUCUCCAUAGAUACCACAACCACAACACCUUUGUUAUUCAGUCAGAACUUUAAAAAGCCGAAGCUUUUAAAUAAAACAUCAGAAAUCA